AUGACAAAUGAUAAAGAAAUAUAUAUUAUUCGUCAUGCACAAGCUGCGCACAAUAAAAGUAAGAACUAUGACUUAAAAGACCCAGAAUUAACAGAAUUUGGCAAAGAUCAAGCAAAAUUGCUUUUAUUGCAUUAUGACCACUUAAAAGAACUUGAUUUAAUCAUUUCUUCACCAAUGCGUCGAGCAAUUGAAACAGUUUUGAUUGGAUUUGAUGGUUUUUUGUCUUUAAAAAAUUCUAUAAAUAUACAUCAUAAGUCAAUUCCAUUAAUUAUACUUCCUGAGCUUCAAGAAAUUUCUGACCGGAAUUGUGACACAUGUUCACCCUUAGAGGACCUUCAGUCUCAGUUUCCAUACCUGGAUUUUAGUCUUUGUGUUGGAAAUUGGCAUUUAAAAACUGGUUUUUUUUCAUAUGAUCCAAUUAUGAUUGAAAAAAGAGCAUCUUGGGUACGAGACUGGGUUUCUAACAGGCAUGAACGAAAAAUAAUGCUUGUAUCUCAUAUGGGAUUCAUAAAAUAUCUCGUAGACUCUUCAAAACCCUGGGCUAAUCUUGAAAUUAACAAGUUUACUUUUGAUCCCGGAAAUAUUUUCAAACCAGUCAAUUUUUAA